UUUAUUAUAUUUUUACAUAAAGCAUUUUACAUAAAAACUUUUUUUUUCUGUAAUUCCUUGUUAUUUAUUUAUCCAAUUCCCAGAACUAUCUCGCUAUUGAAUGAAACAUCUGAUCCUGAAGAUAUAUCAGUCAUUCCACAAAUAUUAACUCCAACUCAAGUCGAAUCAGAUGAUUGUAUAUUCAUCUUAUCAGAAAUCCGUCUGAUGUUUGUUUUCCAAUCUUCGAGAGACAGUGCAUUUGAUCCUUCUGCAUUUGUUGAUCCUUUCACAACUUCCGUGUGGAUUUGCUUGAUCCUUUUCCUCAUUGUCUUCAGUCUAGCUCUAAAGGCUGUCUUUAAAUGUGAAAGAAUCCUUCAGCAGAGGAGUUUCUGUCCAUCAAUCUCAUUAACUAGCAUCAUGAGCUUUGGCGCACUCUGCCAACAGGGAACAUCAAUUGUACCGCAGACUAUUCCUGGCAAAUGUGUCCACGUCAUUAUGUACUUUACAUGUCUCUUACUUCAUCAUUACUAUGCAUCGGAAGCUGUUUCUUCGCUAAUUGAUAUCCCUCUGAAGUCUAGUAUUCGGAAUAUUAGGAAUCUUGCCGACAGCAGUAUGAAUAUUGGGAUGGAUGAAUCCCUACCUUGGAUAAGGAACUUAGGCGAGUCAGAAGAUCCAGAAAUAAGGUACUUUUGGGUCAAAAGGGUUCUUCCUUUGAAAAAUCCUGAGAACGUCUUCAUUAAUGCUGGUAAUGGCAUAAACAAAUCCAAAGAUAUUCAAUACGCCUUCCUUGGUGAAUCUAGCAUCACAUACAAUCUGAUAAAAAAGUUUUACAGCCCUGAACAAAUAUGCAAUUUCAACGAAUUGAAUCUUCAACCAGUUACAUUUAUAGGACUAUUUGUGGAAAAAAAAUCACAAUUUCGAGAAAUUCUUCGUCGGAGAUUAACAAGAAUGCGCGAAGUGGGAGUGUAUUCGCGAAUUAAGGGACAGAUAAUUUCGGAAAAGCCUCAAUGCUUAUCCAAUCCUGUGACUUCGAGAGUUGGACUUGAUGAAACAGCUCUCUUAUUCACCUUCCUGGCCAUAUCUGCAGCACUGUGCCUCAUUAUAUUGAUAAUUGAGAUCACUUGGGAUCGCAUGAAAAUCACUAACGCCUAA